AUGUCGCGCCCUAAUUUUGAUGCUCUCAAAAACAUGCACGACUCUGUUAAUGACUUGCUUCACUCAUCAAUGACUAAACAAAAAAUCGCUCAUCAUGGAGAAGAAAAAUGGGUUCAUGAGCUUUCAGAAGCAUCCCUAAAGUUGGUGGAUGCCUGUGGUGCCACCAAAGAUAUUCUCCUACUGGUAAAAGAUCAUCUCCAAGAACUUCAAUCCACGUUUCGCCGAAUCAGUGUCAAUGAAACCACGGUUGUCGGAAACCAGUUCGCCGCCUAUCAUCACCACCGGAAAACACUAAAGAAAGCCAUUUUAAAGCGUUUGAAAUCACUGAAAGGGAUGAAAAAUAAAAAGAUCGCUGCCCCGGUCGGGGCUGCAGCCGAACACUGCAGCCUUGUGGUUGUUGUAAAUGUGCUUAAAGAAGUGAAAGCCACCACCAUGUCCAUUGUUGAGUCUCUAAAUCCACUCAUAUCCAUGCCUAAACCAAACAGAAAAUCCAAUAAAGAGGCUUUUAAGUUUAAAUUAACUCGGGUUAACAGCCUGAGUUUGUGGGAAAAAUGUGACAUUCCUGCCAUUCAAACUGCAAUUAAAAGAUUGGAGGCUGUGGAAAUUAUUAUUGAAAAUCUUGAAGCUGACUUAGAGUGCAUGUUCAAGAGGUUGAUUCGGACAAGAGCAUCACUUCUUAACAUACUUACCUACUAG